CGGUUAGCGCGGCUGGCCCGGCCCGCCAGGAGGAAGGGAAGGGAAGGGGAGCGGGCUGCGCUGUUGCCCUUUUAAGCGAGCGAGCGGGCGCCGGAGGCCGGUACAAAGGGAGCUCUGCUGUGCCCCGCCGGCUGGGGCUGCCCCGGCCCCGCCAUCUUCCGCCCUGCAGGCGCGGCCGGGGCCAGGGUCGGGCCGGCUGAGUCGGAGGGAGGCGGCGGCAGCGCAGGCCCGGGCCCGGAGAUGAGGCCAGGAUGUCGGUGUCAGGGCUCAAGGCCGAGCUGAAGUUCCUCGAGUCCAUCUUCGACAAGGACCACGAGCGCUUCCGCAUCGUCUCCUGGAAGCUGGACGAGCUCCACUGCCAGUUUGUGCUCCUGCCGCCGCCGCCGAGCUCCAGCCCGCAGCCGCCGCCGCCGCUCACCAUCCACUGCAACAUCACGGAAUCUUACCCCUCUUCAUCACCAAUAUGGUUUGUAGAAUCAGAUGACCCAAACCUGACUUCAGUCUUAGAGCGUUUAGAAGAUAUUAAGAAGAGCAAUACUCUGCUUCUUCAGCAGCUGAAGCGAUUAAUAUGUGACCUCUGCAGAUUAUAUAAUCUUCCUCAGCAUCCAGAUGUUGAAAUGUUAGAUCAGCCAUUGCCAGCUGGACAGAAUGGAACAACAGAAGAAGUUACAUCAGAGGAGGAGGAAGAAGAUGAUAUGGGUGAAGACAUUGAAGAUCUGGAUCACUAUGAUAUGAAGGAGGAGGAACCAGUUGAUGGGAAGAAAUCUGAGGAUGAAGGCAUUGAAAAAGAGAACCUUGCAAUCUUAGAAAAAAUCAGAAAAAAUCAAAGGCAAGAUCACUUAAAUGGUGCAGUCUCUGGGUCAGUUCAGGCUUCAGAUCGACUUAUGAAAGAACUCAGGGAUAUAUAUAGAUCACAGAGUUUUAAAACAGGGAUAUAUUCAGUGGAACUGGUAAAUGACAGCUUGUAUGAAUGGCAUGUUAAGCUUCUCAAGGUUGAUCCUGAUAGCCCACUGCAUAGUGAUCUUCAGGUCUUAAAAGAAAAAGAAGGUGUAGAAUACAUUUUACUCAACUUCUCUUUUAAGGAUAACUUCCCUUUUGAUCCUCCCUUUGUGCGAGUGGUGUCUCCUGUGCUCACAGGAGGGUAUGUCCUAGGUGGAGGUGCAUUAUGCAUGGAACUUCUUACUAAACAGGGCUGGAGCAGUGCCUACUCAAUAGAAUCAGUCAUCAUGCAGAUCAAUGCCACUUUAGUCAAAGGAAAAGCCAGAGUACAGUUUGGAGCCAAUAAGAAUCAAUAUAAUCUAGCAAGAGCACAGCAGUCCUAUAAAUCACUAGUACAAAUACAUGAGAAAAAUGGCUGGUACACUCCUCCAAAAGAAGAUGGCUAAUGCUGAGGACUGUUGUAUACCUGGACCAAUGUCAACAAAACAAGCUCUUUUUUAUGUUUUCCAACACACAGACUCGAGCUAUGAGUGCCCCUAUAACAGCUGUACUGAGGACUUUAGCUAUUAGAUAAGUUAGUGGAUAAUCUGUCAACUGACACGUACAGUAUAAGUUACAGCCUUACCAUUCCGCUCUUCUUAGGCAUCUGGACUGAGCAGUUUGGGCCUUUACCAUAUUUGUUCUUAUGGAUUAAGCAGAUUUGGGCCACGUCCUCCCUUCUCCCUUUUUUUAUUUGAAAGCAUAAACUCUCCCUGCAGCAGGCUAUCAACUUACUAAAGAUCAUACAAUAGGAGUGAGUUGUUCACACACUUCUGUGUAUUUCUUACUUUUUGCAAAAUGCAGACCGCAGAGACUUGCAUUGUAUUGUUUCAUUUAAAGCCAAGAAGUUUAAUACAUUGUUUAAUACUGUUUUAGGAAAUGUCAGGUCUUGCAAAUCACAGUAGUUUUUCUGGUCUAAAAUGACAGCGUUUGUAGUAUUUUCCAAAUUAAUGAUAUAGGAAAAACACAUGUAUGUUAAGUCAUUAAACAUUUUUCAUGGGUGUAUGAGAAUAUGAACUGUUUAUUGGAAAAUAUGCUCUUUGUUUAGAUUACUUUAAUAUUUUUUUGUUUGUUUUUUUCUUUUUAUUUUCAGUUUUUUGUUUUUAUGCAGAGCAAGGCUGUGCCAAUAAAACCUUGUAACUAGUCACUUCCACUGGGGCGUCAGAACUUGCUGGGCUGUUCCUGCUACUUGUUGGCUCAACCUCCUUAACAAGAAGAGCCACAGUAUGAAGCUUGAAGUUAUUUAAAAUACUAAAAACCUUUUUAGGUGUUCCAUUUUAUUAACGGGUUGUUGCAAUCAUUUCUAAACUAAUGAACUUAUAAAGUGAUUGGCACAAAUUGAGAUGAAAGUCCUUGAAUGAAAAAUUUUUAUAUAAAAACUACCAAUAAAGUACAAAAACAUGCCAUCCUAUUCAGAGGCAUAAGAAAUGCUGCCAUAGUCAUGAGAGUGAUUUUGUUAUUGAAAGACUAAUGCGAACUGUUCUUUCUUUAUUAGGAGAUGAGUCUGGGUCUGUGUACUUACACAAUUUCAUUGCCUUACCGGAAUCGACUCUUAUUUUGGUUGUAGUAUAGUCCUUAGGCCUGUGCGCUCCUCGGGGCCGAGCGAAGGAUGUGUUCCAUGGAUUAAGCACUUUCAGAAGUGCAGAAGCAUGUUUUUAUGGGUUUUUUUAGUUGACUAUCGAACUUGUGCUCUUUUCUCUAUCAGGCGCCCGCGGGUCCUUGUGCAUUUGCUUCUAGAUCCAGUUUUUAGCUCGAAAGAAACGACCUGGGCGAGCUUUGGCGCCGCUCCCGGUGCGCGCUGUUGCGGGGGCGCGGGGCGAGCGCCGGGGCUGUGCCGCUGGCCGGGCACGGCGGGGCUGGGGCGGCCCCGGCCUCCGCCCUGCGGCGCAUGCUGCGGUUUGGGUUCCAUUUCUCCUGGCAGAGUUCCUUGGCAAUGUACAGUAAUUUGUAAACUUGCAUCAAGUUUAUGAAUAAAAAGCAUUUUACGAA